AAAAACAUACCCAGCAAAGGUUAUAGAAAGAGAAUUGUGUAGUGCUAGCCGAAGAAAGUAAGAUUUUCUUGUAAAGAAUUCUUUUUUCGUAUUCAUCGCGAGCAAAAUGCCUCUGCCCGGUUGUUUUUCGAAUGCAGUCGAACCGAUGCAGGUGGACGUGCAGCCGGAAGAUAAUGAAAACAAUGAGGAGGAUAUGUACAUAGUGGAAAAUCCAACGAUAGAUCUGGAACAGCUGGCGAACCAGUACACGGGCUUGGCUAAGCUGCACCGGCUCAUCUAUGUAGCGGACCAUUGCCCGUCGCUGCGCCUGGAAGCACUGCGGAUGGCGAUAAACUACGUGACGACCACCUACAAUGUGACCCUGUAUCAGCAUUUGCACAAGAAGCUGGCGGAUAAUGUUAGCAAUCUAUUUCUACCGGAUGUUGCCUCUCAGUCUAGCGGUUCGCAAGAGAUACCUUCCUUCGAUGCGACCUGGGUUGAGUCGAAGAGCAAAAAGUCUGCGCUGAAGCUCGAAAAGUUGGACUGCGAUCUGAAGAACUACAAAGCCAAUUCGAUUAAGGAAAGCAUCCGGAGAGGUCACGAUGAUCUGGGCGAUCACUAUCUAAACUGUGGCGAUCUUUCCAACGCACUCAAGUGCUACUCGCGGGCUCGCGAUUACUGCACCAGCGGUAAGCACGUGGUCAACAUGUGCCUGAACGUCAUCAAAGUGUCCAUCUACCUGCAGAACUGGUCUCACGUGCUAAGCUACGUUUCAAAAGCGGAGGGCACUACCGAGAUCGCGGAAACGUCCAAGGAUAAGGAUCCGAACCAGGUUGUGAUUACACGGCUCAAGUGUGCGGCCGGGUUGGCUGAGCUGGCGUCGCGUAAAUACAAAUCGGCCGCUAAACAUUUCCUUCAGGCCAACUUUGAUCAUUGCGAAUUUCCCGAGAUGAUCUCGACAAACAAUGUGGCAAUGUACGGAGGGUUGUGUGCACUGGCCACCUUCGAUCGGCAGGAGCUGAAACAGGUGAUUGCUAGCAGCUCGUUUAAGCUGUUUCUCGAAUUGGAACCGCAGCUGCGCGAUAUCAUAUUUAAGUUUUACGAAUCCAAGUACGAUUCGUGUCUGAAGCUGCUGGACGAAAUCAAGGACAAUUUGCUACUGGACAUGUACAUUGCACCGCACGUAAACGCACUCUACACGCAGAUCCGUAACCGGGCACUGGUACAGUACUUUAGUCCGUACAUGUCCGCCGACAUGCGCAAGAUGGCGACAGCUUUUAAUCGGUCCGUGGCCGCGCUGGAGAACGAGCUAAUGCAGCUGAUUCUCGAGGGCCAGAUACAGGCCCGUAUCGAUUCGCACAACAAAAUUCUGUACGCGAAGGAUGCUGACCAUCGUAGCGCCACGUUCGAGAAGGCGAUCAACGUCGGCAAAGAGUUUCAGCGGCGCACGCGCAUGUUUAUCCUGCGAGCGGCCAUCCUGCGGCGCCACAUUCACGUGAAGAACCAACCACGGGAAAGCAGUAAUCAUGCAACGGAAAUCUGCGUUCCGGCGAGCGGAUCGUCCAGUGGCAGUUUGGCGCGCAACUGAUUGAAUCUGGCAGAGGAAGAAUUUUUCGUUCGCUUCAAAAGAAAGUCCAAAUAAA